AUGGCCCCAUUGAUCGUUGACGCCACCAACGGCGGUAACGGGUGUAAGCGGUUGGGGAUUACCGUUUUUUCAGGAGGUCGCCUAGUCCGGCUUAUUCCCAACCAUGAGGACGACAAGGAGAUGUCGGCACUCAAGCUAUUAUUUGAGCACCGGUUGGAUGUUGACCCCCUGAGGGCUCGAUCAGAAUGGCUUGACAUCGUCGAGUCGAAAGUCGUUGCUUUGGGGGUUCAUCUCCAGCCCGACCCCCCCCAUGGUCCGCUCCGUCCCAGUAGGGGGGUGAACCUAGAGAUUGUAAAGAGAGCUCGGCCGCCCAACGUCUUUGAUUUCGCCAGCGCCAGCGUGGGUAACAUGUUCCUGGCCGGCGCCCGCAUCUUCACCGGCUCCUUCGAGUCGGCCAUUUACCUCCUCUCCAUGAUCUGCUCCAUCCCACCCUCCGUCUCCGUCCUCCCCGCCAUCAACUCCAACUUCACGCACCACAUCUCAGCCGGCCUGCGUGACGGCAGCACCAUCGCAGGCCAAGUCGCCAUCAGCCACCCCUCAGCACCGACCGCACUCCCCGACGACAUGCAAAUCGCGCCCGCGCUCACAGCCGCGGACCACGACCGCAUCGAAGACGCCAACCUGCCCGGAUCGCUCCCCGCGCUGCGCCAGCCCAACAUCGCCUUCUCCAAGCACGACGAGGAGGACCUGCCGGCGCGCAUCGAGCGCCUGUGGUACAUCAACCCAUACGGGCACGAGAUCGCGCCCACCGCCAACCCCAAGGUCGUCGACGCCCUCGCGGCCUCCGACACCGUCAUCUACAGCAUCGGCAGCCUGUACACCAGCAUCCUCCCCAGCCUGGUGCUGCGCCGCGUGGGGCAGGCGCUCAGCAGCAGCAGCGCGGAGGAGGGGGGGCAGGCGGGGAGCACGAUCCGGCGCAAGGUGCUGAUCCUGAACGGCAAGCUGGACAGGGAGACGGGCCCCGCGGCGGACCCGAUGACGGCGCGCGAUUUUGUGGCGGCGAUUGCGCGGGCGUGUGUGGAAAGCCGGUGGCCUGAGCGGGUGGGUCGCGAUGAGAUGCUGAAGGAGUACGUCACUCACCUGGUGUAUCUAGAUGAUCGGGGGUUGCCGGGUAGUGGUAGUGGUAGCGGUGGAGGGGGCGCAAGUGGCAGGCCGGCGGUGGAUGUGGAGGAACUGAGGGGUUUGGGCAUUGAGUGCGUCAGGGUGGCUGGGAAGGUCGUGCUUGGGCGAGGAGGGGAACGGAGAUCUGAAGUGAGGUAUGAUGAGACGGCGCUAGGAGAGGCGCUCGAGGCCAUCAUUGAUUCUGAAUGA